AGUUCGAACCAUCAACCGAUCAACCGGGUUCUCUGCCGGGGUGUUGUGUUUACUCUUGCCCUUCUCACGUCCGACCGUUUUCGCGGCCCCAUCGGUGAUGCUGGAGAAGGAAAGGAUAGCCAAACACACACACGCCACUAUCUACGAAUCCUUUCGGCAAAUGAUUAAAGACGAAGGUUCGAUGCUGGUGAUGCUGCUCUCUUCUACGCUUCCCUGUUUGGUGGAUGAAUAUGAUUUAUGUGCAGCACUGACUGUCAUCGACAGCUGGCGGUGAACGGGUUCCAUCAAUCGAGGCAUCGUCGUAUGUCACCGCCGUAUGGAUGCAGCGCAAGGGACGCAGGGACACAUGUGUGACACACCGGACGGUGUACGAACGGCACACAAUCGCUUCGAGCGGGUUUUGUCAUCUUCAUUUCAGUUAUGUUGCAUCCUGCUGCUGCCGAUGCUGCUGCUACUAGUGUGUGUGUAUGUGAUGCUUGUCGACGAAAACGAGUUGGGAAGGAUUUUAAGGAAAUGAUGACGAAAGACACUUCCCAGCCGGGUGUUCCGUGAGGCCGUAAAGCUCCGAGCACCCAACAGGAAAGAUUGAUCGGAACGAUUCGGUGGACUUUCGGAAUGUUGAGAGUAUUGUGGAGCAACAGCCAGGGGUAGGGAGGGUUUGUUGCCCGCUCAAAACGUCCAUCAAACUGGGUGACAUGAGCUGCUUUUUUUCCUGCUGAGCGUCCAAAUGACAGUUGCAUGGUUCAUCGUGUCGAGAACGUGCGUGGCGAGAUUGAUCAGAACGGACUGUACUCGGAAUGGCGUUUCGUUGAAUGUUGUAGAACAAUUCAUAUUUCAAUUGUCUUAUGUGUGAUCUUUUUUAUCAUUUCUUUCAAUUAGAUAUCGUCCCGGUGCCGUCGAGAUCUUCCCAGCAACACGAACAACACGCAACGCAUCGCUCAGCUUAAUGCUCUUUUCUUGAUCCUCCUUAUAAGACCCCUAUUUUGAACCUCGCUAAUUCCGAUUUUUCUUUCCAUUCUGUUUUACUUGUAUCGCCCGAAUCAAAUCAAAGGAUUCCGAUCCUUUCCCUCCACCCAUUUCCUGUGUGACACCCGGUUCCAGCCAACGCCGACCGUCCGCAGUCGUCGCAGCAGCGAGCAAUUCGAUCAAUAUUAUGACAGAGGGCACCGCGCCGACAGUUGAAUGUUUAGAUAACACACUGCACGAACUGAACGAACAGCAGGAGCAGCAGCAGCAGCAACAGGAAGAGGAGCAGCAACCACAACAGGAAACGCCGGAACAGGAGCUCGGAACGGUCGGUGUACGUAUCGAGGUCACGAGUGCGGCAGGUUCUUCCGUCGAGCUAGUCGCGAUCGGCAAGGAGCAGGAACAGUCCAGGGACGGCCAACAGCAAGCAGUCGCCAUGUCGCAAAGCACAAAGCAGGUGUCGAAAGCGGACAAAAACCUGCCCGAGCGCGGGUCAUGGGGAUCGAAGCUCGACUUCAUCCUGUCGGUGGUUGGGCUGGCGAUCGGGUUGGGCAACGUGUGGCGAUUCCCGUACCUGUGCUACAAGAAUGGUGGCGGCGCGUUUUUGAUACCGUACUUUGUCACACUGUUCCUGGCCGGCAUACCGAUGUUCUUUAUGGAGCUGGCGCUCGGCCAGAUGCUGACGAUCGGUGGGCUGGGUGUGUUCAAGAUUGCGCCCAUCUUCAAAGGAAUCGGUUAUGCAGCGGCCGUAAUGUCGUGUUGGAUGAACGUGUACUACAUCGUCAUCCUAGCGUGGGCCAUAUUCUACUUCUUCAUGUCGUUACGUGCAGACGUACCUUGGCGCACGUGUGACAAUGCGUGGAACUCGAUCAACUGCGUCAAUCCGUACGAUCGUAAGGAUCUGCUCUGCUGGGAAACGAUCGGCGUGAAUGGUACGCUGACCAAGAUUUGCUCGCUAAACUCGAACAACGUGUCCAUGAGCGAUUUGGCCGAUCCGGUUAAGGAGUUCUGGGAACGCCGCACGUUGAUGAUCUCGAGCGGUAUUGAUCAGGUUGGUUCGAUCCGCUGGGAGCUGGCCGGAACGCUGCUGCUCGUCUGGAUCCUGUGCUACUUCUGUAUCUGGAAGGGUGUGAAAUGGACUGGCAAGGUCGUGUACUUUACCGCCCUGUUCCCGUACUUCCUGCUCACGAUCCUGCUGAUCCGUGGCAUUACGCUGCCGGGUGCCUUCGAAGGUAUCAAGUUCUACGUGAGCCCGAAUCUGUCAAAGCUAGCCGAAUCAGAGGUAUGGAUCGAUGCAGUGACGCAGAUCUUCUUCUCGUACGGUCUCGGCCUGGGAACACUGGUCGCGCUCGGUAGCUACAACAAAUUCAACAACAAUGUGUACAAAGACGCACUGAUUGUGUGUACGGUCAACUCGAGCACCAGCAUGUUUGCCGGGUUUGUGAUCUUCUCCGUCGUCGGCUUUAUGGCGCACGAGCAGCAGCGCCCCGUCGCUGAAGUGGCAGCAUCUGGGCCGGGUCUCGCUUUCUUGGCCUACCCGUCGGCCGUGUUACAGCUGCCGGGCGCACCGCUCUGGUCGUGUCUGUUCUUCUUCAUGCUGCUGCUGAUCGGUCUCGACUCACAGUUCUGCACGAUGGAGGGCUUCAUUACGGCCGUGAUUGACGAGUGGCCGCAUCUGCUGCGCAAGCGUAAGGAGAUCUUCAUUGCGAUCGUGUGUAUGAUCAGCUACCUGGUCGGUUUGACGUGUAUUACGGAGGGUGGUAUGUAUGUGUUCCAAAUUCUCGACUCGUACGCGGUCAGUGGCUUCUGUCUGCUGUUCCUGAUGUUCUUCGAGUGCGUCUCGAUCUCGUGGGCGUACGGUGUGGACCGUUUCUAUGACGGCAUCAAGGACAUGAUCGGCUACUAUCCGCUGUCGUGGUGGAAGUUCUGCUGGGUCAUCACCACUCCUGCCAUCUGUGUCGUAAGUAGCAAUGUGAAAAGGGAUUAGCUUUUUCGUGGUAACGCCUUGGGGGGAUGUGAGUGUAUUUGUGUGCACGAGGAUUGAGUGAAUGAGUUAUUAUAGAGCUUUCCCUGCAGUUCGGAUGUUCUUCCAUGCUGAAUCAACGACGCGGCGAAAGGUAAUUGGAUGUUAUCGAGCGGGAUGGGUAAUGUAAUUCAAAAUGGGAGCGAUAUUGAUUUCUUUUCAGAAUGUUCACGAUCUGGAACAGAGGGUGGCGCUCUUAAAGUCUAAAAGCACAACCGUGUUAUCUUACUGGACGUGAUUGUAAAUCGUGAUAUGUGUAAAAUUGCUGAUGUUUGCUGUACUUAUCCAAGAAUACAAUUUUAUAAUGAUAUUAAAAAAU